UGUUAACUAUCGUCACAUUUGUUUUUUUCUUUUAUUUACGAGAAUAUCAUUCAUGAACUGAUCUUUUUAAAUGAAACCAAAACAUUUUGGCUUUCUGUAACACGCCAUUAUUGGGCGAAUACAAACUUAUCACUUUAAUAUUUUUCUUUCCACAGUCACGAAAGAAAUGCUAUUCUGCACUCCCAAGAAUACACUGAAGUGGAAACCGACGAUGCUACAAAACAUCCUUCAACUCCUAGGGAUGGUGACGUGCAUGUGACAGAGCACUUUAGUCAUUUUAGCGACGAUUUAAAAUUUCCUGUUGAUCAGCUCAUGCGCCUGUAAGUAUUAGCCACGCAAGUAAUCACAUAAACUUUCAAAUGUGAAAAUUUUUGUAACGCUAUAGAGCAUCCCACUCUUAGAUUGCAGUGUGGAAGUAAAUGGGAGCAUUCUCUCUCUCUCUAACACACGCCAACUGCCGUUAGCGCUGUCCUUGUUUAUUCGUGCGUUGUUGCCAAAUAUCAUACGAAAAAAAAAAAUUAAUUUUUCGGACCAAGCUUUUUUGCAUAUUGUACAGCAUCGAAAUACGCAUCAGCCAAUGCAUAUUUUGCAUACUUAAUAACAUUUCAAGUGUCCGAAAAAAUUAAAAAACCUAACUUCUUCAUUGCGAACUGUUCCGAAGUAUUCCAAAAUGUUUCACAUCAAUAAAAAGGUAACCUACAGAUAUAUUUAGUCCAUAUUUUUUUCGUUGAUAAAUUCAUGUCUUAGGACGCCACCGAACAAAUUUCGAAACAAAAACUCUUAAUGUUUCAGUUAUAUAAAUUUAUUUAUAUACUGAAAUGCAUUUACUCACAAACUGAAACAUCAAAAAGUUGAUCAGCGGCAAAGUUUUUUGCUAUUAUAGAUAGAUGGGGGAAGAAAGCGAGAAAGAUGUUCCAAAUGAAUUGAAUUUGUUUUUAAAAAAAGAAACAAUUCAAUUACUCCUACAGUUUCCGUGUCCAUAGCUGUUGAAGACGCGUCUUAUGAGUGCACGAGCGCGCGGUAAAAGACGUUCGCUCACAAACUGCCGGCCGGCGCAGUGUUAAUAAGUCACAGGAAGGUGUGUUUAGAUAAGUGGGGUUCAAUAUUUUAACCUGUAUAUCAUUAUUAAUAACAUUUUUAGGAUAAUAAUCAACUGAAUUUAUAUUCACAAACAAUGAUAUGAAUUUGACUUUUACAAAGACAUGCUAUCACUUUUCAGAAGUUCUACACCCACAAGAAAGAAUGGAGACCCAAGUAACGUAGGCGCAACAGGAUCUGAUGGAUCGAUAUUGUUGGAUAUGGACACUUGUCAAAUAAACGUUAUUGAAAGUGCAUAUACCGAGCCUAGUGCAGCAAACGAUUCUUUAGCGAGUCAGGAAGUUUCUCGUUAUUUGCUGCCAAGUUCUACACCCACAAGAAAGAAUGGAGACCCAAGUAACGUAGGCGCAACAGGAUCUGAUGGAUCGAUAUUGUUGGAUAUGGACACUUGUCAAAUAAACGUUAUUGAAAGUGCAUAUACCGAGCCUAGUGCAGCAAACGAUUCUUUAGCGAGUCAGGAAGUUUCUCGUUAUUUGCUGCCGUAAGUACAACAUAUUUCUGUAUUUUACAUAUGCUUCUUUAUACAGGGCAUAUUUCAGUUACUAUUAGCGAAAAGAAAUGUCUACAGUGUCUUGUUUUUGCUACUGUUACUGUAAGGUAAUUUCAAAUAGCUGUUACAUGAGCGAAAACUCUCUUUUGCGUCAAAUACAUUUCACAUACAAUGGUGGGUUUAUAUAAUUCAUCUUUACGCAAAUACAUGCUAUCAUUUUUCAGAAGUUCUACACCCACAAGAAAGAAUGGAGACCCAAGUAACGUAGGCGCAACAGGAUCUGAUGGAUCGAUAUUGUUGGAUAUGGACACUUGUCAAAUAAACGUUAUUGAAAGUGCAUAUACCGAGCCUAGUGCAGCAAACGAUUCUUUAGCGAGUCAGGAAGUUUCUCGUUAUUUGCUGCCGUAAGUACAACAUAUUUCUGUAUUUUACAUAUGCUUCUUUAUACAGGGCAUAUUUCAGUUACUAUUAGCGAAAAGAAAUGUCUACAGUGUCUUGUUUUUGCUACUGUUACUGUAAGGUAAUGUCAAAUAGCUGUUACAUGAGCGAAAACUCUCUUUUGCGUCAAAUACAUUUCACAUACAAUGGUGGGUUUAUAUAAUUCAUCUUUACGCAAAUACAUGCUAUCAUUUUUCAGAAGUUCUACACCCACAAGAAAGAAUGGAGACCCAAGUAACGUAGGCGCAACAGGAUCUGAUGGAUCGAUAUUGUUGGAUAUGGACACUUGUCAAAUAAACGUUAUUGAAAGUGCAUAUACCGAGCCUAGUGCAGCAAACGAUCCUUCGCUUACACAUGAAGUUCCUCUUUCACCACUGCCAGAACUGUUGAUUGAAUCACGACAUGAAGUGGGGGACAAGGACAGCAACUUGAAUAACAUUGAAGGAAGGAGAAUUUGCGACAUACGUCAUGUCAUUACUAAAGCCAGACAGUUGGAGAAGCACAAUUUGGAAUGCAAAGCUCGCAUUAAAGGAUAUUUUACUUAUACAGGGGAAAAACGCAUCGGCUUGAGAAGUGUGUUACAUUUCAAGUGUACUUCCUGUGAUGCCAGGACAUCUAUUGAUACUGAUCCCAGUGACACAGUAAACACUGCAGCAACAUGGGGUACAGUAAUGAGUGGAAAAGGACAUGCAGUAAUAGAACAAUUAUUUUCUCUGAUGGAGAUUCCACCAGCAAGCAGCUCAACGUUCAUGAAAGAAGAACGGGAAAUCGGAAAAGUAUGGUUCGAAUCGUUGACAGAGGCUAUGGAACAAGCUGCAAAAGAAGAGCAUCUACAUGCCUUAGAAGAAGGUCACGUUGACGACGAUGGCAUACCUUACAUAACUGUUAUAGUAGAUGGAGGAUGGAGCCAUCGUUCGUACGGUCACAGCUACAAUGCUAAGUCAGGCGUAGCUAUAAUUAUAGGUAAAAAAACAGGUAAAAUGUUAUUUCUAGGAAUUCGGAACAAAUAUUGCAGUAUCUGCUCUUUGAGUGAAAAAAGAAACGAACAACCUACCAAACACAUCUGCUACAAAAACUGGUCUAGUUGUUCAUCAGCCAUGAAGAGUGAUAUACUAGUGGAAGGUUUCAAAGCCAGCGAAGAAACCCAUGGUCUACGGUAUUUUAAAUACAUCGGUGAUGGUGAUUCCUCUGUCCAAAAGUCUAUAGUAGAACGUGUGCCGUAUGGUUUGAAAGUUGUUAAAAUUGAGUGCACAAACCAUCUGCUAAAAAAUUUGUACAAACACUUACUGAAGCUCUCCAAAGAAAACUCUGGGAACAAGAAAAUUUUAACUCCAGCCAGAAUGAAGCACAUCCAAAAUAGAAUACGUCAUCUCAUAACCGAAGAAUCUCGGAAAGAUUGUCCAAGCGUCAGCUCUCUAAAGAAUGACAUACGAGCUACUAUAGAGCAUGUUUUUGGAAACCAUGGCAACUGCAGAAUUCAAAAUUGCCCGAAAGCCAAAAUUACUUCCAUCACUGAUUUGGACACAGCGCCUGGUAACUUAGCGGCCAGAAUUAUUUCAAUUAUAGGAAAUCUGGCAGCAAAAAGUGACAGCCUUGUGGAAAAUUUGACGAGUAAUGCAGCAGAAACUUACAUGCAUCUUGCAGCAAGAUUUAAUGAUGGCAAACAGAGUUUCUUUGGCAGACGUGGUUCGUUCAAUACCAGGUGCUAUGGAGCUGGCCUUAGUUUUCAGCACGGUCCCGCGUGGCUCCACACAGUUUGGAAAAAGAAGGUAACCUUUGUGGCAUAGCUUUAUGUUUCAUUGUUUCAUUUAUGUACAAUACUUUUAACAGCAUGAGUUAAUAAUUUUAUGUUUUCAGGUUGGAAAAAGUCCAGGCCAAUGCGUAA